GGCGCAGCUUGGCGCGCGGUUAUCUCAAAGGUAACGUUGCAGUUGCGGUCGCUGCUCAUGCUCACGCUUUCUUUUGCUUGUGCUAGCUCACUGGCCUCGGCUCUACAACGUCAUGUUCGCUUCCAAGCCGUCAGCGCGCAGCAGCAGCCACAUCCGGGCCGUGCCAGCCGGCAACGCCAGCCCUGCCAUCGCGAGGCAGGGCAUCCCCUGGACCGCCGCCUCCGCCACCUCCACCUCCUCCAUGCCCAAGACCUGCUGCCCCUCCACCACCGCGCUGUCACGGAACUUCAAGCUCAGCGACGUGGACGGUGUCAGCCACAGCUACCUCAGCGACCUGAGUGCCGCACACGCCGCGGCCAACGCCGCGGCGGCUGCUGCCGCCGCCUCCUGCACCGACGCUGUCAGCGCGCGCAUCGCCGGCAAGGCCGCCACCUCACUGGUGUGGUCGGCGCGGUCUCUUCUGCCCGCACCCGUAGAGCCAUAUAUGGCUACGGACAUAUACUCGCCGCCCGAGUUCUGGGUGGGCUGGGCCCGGGAGGCGCUGGUGAGCGGUGAGGCGGCCGGCCGCGCCUACGAGUGGGACAUGAUGCAGCUGCGCGAGGAGGCGGUGGAGCAGCCGUGCUGGCCCGGCGCAGUGAUGCUGCUGGACAGCCUAAAGAGCGAGUGCGCCACACGCGAUGCCGCGCGCGCUGGAGUGGCUGCAGCUGCAGGGCAUGAACGGCGGCCGCAGCUACAUGUGCGGCGCCUCGCACACCUACCUCCUGGGUGCGACCAUCAGCCACCUGCUGCGGGCGGUGGAGACCGAGCUGAGCGCGCGGCCUGGCGUGGCGUAUGUGCAGCAGCUGGCGUUUGUGAGCGAGCUGGAGGACGUGAUGGUGGGGCUGAUGACGGAGGAGCCCGCCAGCCGGCCCACCUGCUGCAGCGGCUGCGGCGCCGGCUGGCAGAGAUGCGCGGCGGCUGGUGCUACUGGGGCUGAAGAGCGGGAGGGGCAGGUAGGGGCUUACCUGGCAUCAUGGAUGCCAGGAAGCGGACACGCGCGCGCUUCACCGCGUACGAGCAGUAGUCGGCAGGGAGCAGGGAUGGGAGGAUUGUUGUAGCCUGGGCGGGCCGUGUUGCUUGUGGCGGUGGCGUGCGAGUGCGGGGGCAGGUACAGUGACGGUACACGGCAGGUGGGAUGCCAGCGCGGGGAGACAUAAAUAGUACGGUAUCGCGGGCGCCGAUACGGACGGCGUACAGGGCGGAUGCAAGAGCGCAUCAUCCGGUAGUGAACGUGUACGUAGCUAGGCGUGUUAGGACAAGGACUAGAGAACCAUGUAGCAGCUUCCCUUUGUCAAGGCUGACAAGACUGAUUGAUUGAUCAUGAGCACUAGCGUUUUAGACUGAUUGAUUGAUUCAAUAAAACCGGAAAAUACGUUGUGCUGGGGAAACCAGCGGGGUGGGCCGUGGCAGUGGGGCGAGGGGCGCGAGGGGUGCUGGAAAGGAUGUCCGUCGAAGUUCGCGAACCAUGGCUUCUCUACGCACUGCAGCUGUGUUUUCUUAUAACAAUAUGAGUAUAAUAAGUUGAAGGAAAUUCCGCUAGAAGACUAUGGCCGCGCAAAUCCAAAUUCACACCGAUUCGGGCAUGGUGCGGGCACGCGUGCCGUGUUUGCGUCGGCUUUCCCCCCGGAUUUCCUGGCCCAGCGUAUUAUGCACCGUCCUAGUACGCUGUAUUAAUACGCUUAUUAUGGAGAGAGGGUCGCGUACUAGGCAACCCUGAAUGGGUCAGCUAUGAAGUAGGCACGGCUGGUUUGAGGAGGCGAAGCGUUGAGGAGGGAAGGAACUUACCGGUAAGCCAGGGUAAGCAAGGAAGGGGAGUAUGAGCUGGUAUGAGCAGGGCCUGGCGGCCGGGCCCGGGAACUCCCGAGUCCUGUAGUAUGUUGAACAGGCGGAGUAAUGCACUGUAAUCCUAAUCCAGC